AUGUCGCUCUCGAUCCCGGGCGCACCGAAUGCAGGCCUGUUCAAGCAAGGAUACCAGAACUACGACUCCGAAGAUGGCGCCGUCAUUCGCAACAUCGACGCUUGCCGGACGAUCGCCUCGACGGUACAGACUUCGCUUGGACCAUAUGGCCGAAACAAGAUUGUCAUCAACCACCUUCAGAAGAUGAUCCUCACAAACGAUGCAGCCACCAUUCUCAGAGAACUCGAUGUCGUUCACCCCGCAGCAAAGCUCCUGGUCAUGGCAUCACAACAGCAAGAGGCAGAGAUGGGUGACGCCACAAACAUGGUCAUUGUGUUGGCUGGUGAGCUGUUGAAAAAGGCAGAAGAGCUGGUGAGGAUGGGUCUGAAGACGAGCGAAAUCAAUCAGGGCUACGAGAAGGCUGGCAAGUUUGCCCUUGAAGCACUGGAAGACUUGGAGAUCGACAGACUACAGGACAUUCGAAGCCAGAGCGAUCUGGCCAAGGCAAUCCGAACAGUCGUUGGCGCAAAGCAGGCAGGAUCCGAGGACUUCCUUGCAGAGAUGGUCGCAGAAGCCGUGCUCGCUGUCUUACCGAAGAACCCAUACAAUUUCAACGUCGACAACAUUCGGGUGGUCAAGAUCAUGGGUGGAUCAUUAGAGCAGUCGAAGGUGGUCAAGGGCAUGGUCUUUGGCCGUUCACCAGAUGGCACAGUAACCAAAGCAUCGAAAGCAAAGGUCGGUGUCUUCAGCUGCCCGAUCGAUAUCUCACAGACCGAGACCAAGGGUACAGUACUCCUCAAGAAUGCCAAGGAGCUCGCAAGCUUCUCCAAGGGCGAGGAGCAGCAGAUGGAGACCACAAUCAAGGAGCUGCACGACUCGGGCAUUCGUGUCGUUGUGGCAGGUGCGACAGUCGGCGAGCUCGCCAUGCACUACCUCAACCGCUUCGGGAUCCUCGUCAUCAAGGUCUUGUCGAAGUUUGAGCUCAGGCGGCUAUGCAGAGUCGUUGGUGCAACACCUCUCGCUCGUCUUGGCGCACCUAUGCCUGACGAGAUGGGGAAUGUUGAUGUUGUGGAGGCGCUCGAGAUUGGUGGUGACCGCGUGACAGUAUUCAGACAGGAGAACGAGCAGACCCGAACCGCGACACUUGUACUACGAGGAGCAACGCAGAACCACCUGGACGAUGUCGAGCGAGCAGUGGACGAUGGUGUCAACGUUUUCAAGGCCAUCACUCGAGACCCUCGAUUAGUAGCAGGAGCAGGUGCCGCCGAGAUGCAACUCAUCGAGCGCAUCACAGCACUUGCUGACAGGACUUCCGGCCUUGCACAGUACGCGAUACGGAAAUAUGCCGAAGCUUUCGAAGUCAUCCCAAGAACACUUGCCGAGAGUGCGGGUCUGGACGCAACCGAAGUUCUUGCAAAGCUCUACACCGCACAUCACACAACACAAACACAGAAGACGAACGGCACCACAGAGGACUCGAGCGAAGACGAGGAGGAUGUGCCUACCAUCGGUGUAGACCUCGAUACCAGCAGUGGCCAAGGUGAUGGCACUCUCGAUGCAGCGGAUGAGGGCAUCUUGGACCUCAUGAUCCCCAAGUCAUGGGCUAUCAAGCUAGCUACUGAAGCCGCCAGAACUGUGUUAAGCGUCGAUCAGAUCAUUGUCGCUCGACAAGCUGGUGGACCCAAGCCGCCUGGACCAAACCCCAACUGGGAUGAGGACUGA